AUGGCGGCGACGUCUCAACAUGCGGCGCAAGGGGCUGAAGAGGGCGUCGUGGUGCUUCGAUGCUUUGACGGCGUGAAGGUCGCCGUGCCGACGGCGCUUGCACGGCAGCGGUCGGGGCUGGUCGCCGCGGCGGCGGCCGCGGACCGCGUGGUCGACGUGCCGGGCUACGUGUACGGGCCCGUGGUCGCCAAGGUGGCCGCGUACUGGGAGGGUCGCGCCGCGGCGACGCAGGGAGCGGACAUGGCUGGGGCGGCGUUCGACGCCGCGUUCAUGGCGGGGCUGCAGCACGACGCACUGGUGGACCUCAUCCACGCCGCGCACCAGCUGGGCGACGCCGCGCUCUUCGACCUCUUCAGGUUCCGGGCAUGA